AUGUACGAGAAACAGCCCCUUGGACCUGAGUGUCCACAGUCCGGAGACUAUCUGACAAUGUUGUCAACCAAGUCCCCGUAUGAUGCGGUCAGCGGCAGCAACUACCCGACAUCUCUUCCCAGUAUGAACAGCAUCGGAAACAUGGGGACGAUGACCACAAUGCCUAUGAGCAACGUCAGUUACUCUCCUCCGGCCAUGGGUGGCAUGAGCACUAUGACCCCCCCGGGGAUGACAAGUAUGGGGAUGGCCGCACCCAUGGGCAUGCACGGGAGUAUGCACGCGGGAAUGAACUCUAUGAACUCAAUGAAUGGAAUGUCGGGGAUGUCCAGUAUGGGACAAAUGCCAAUGAACGGAAUGAGUGGAGCCAUGUCCCCAAUGAGGAUGGAUACUUUUAACAGGGCACAAGCCAUCAACCGAGCCCGAGACAAGACAUACAGACGUAGUUAUACUCAUGCUAAACCUCCGUACUCCUACAUCUCGCUCAUAACUAUGGCUAUUCAACAAUCACCUAAUAAGAUGAACACUCUGAGUGAGAUUUAUCAGUUUAUCAUGGACUUGUUCCCUUUUUACCGCCAGAAUCAACAACGCUGGCAGAACUCUAUCCGUCACAGUCUUUCUUUCAACGACUGUUUUGUGAAAGUUCCAAGGACGCCGGAUAGACCCGGAAAGGGCAGUUACUGGACCCUGCAUCCAGAUUCGGGAAAUAUGUUCGAAAACGGAUGUUAUCUGAGGAGACAGAAACGUUUCAAGUGUGUGAAAAAGGAGAUGAUUCGUCAGGCUUCACGUCACGAUAAUUCUGUAGACGGUAGUGAAUGUUCCAUGUCACCCCGUGGUGAUCCAUGCUCACCGCCUCCGCCUUCUGCUUCUCCCCCCGGAAACGUGCCCGUGACCCUGACUGAGACCAAGCGGGAACCACUGCAGCCGAUCGAGCACACCCCUCCACCACCACCUCCACCACCUCAACAUCAGCAACAGGCGCAGCCACCCCCUCCAAUUCCACCCGUGUCCCUGGGCCACGAGAUGCCCCCACAUUCUAUGAGGCACAUGCAGCAUGAUCCGAUACAUCAGGGCUACCACCCUCAUCACAACCCCACCCACUCGUUUAACCAUCCGUUCUCUAUAAACAGUUUAAUCACCGAUAGCAAAAUGGACCUUAAAAUGUACGAAAUGCAAGGUGGUUAUGGGUACAACCACAUGGGACUCCCUAUGAUGAGUGGUAAGGACACUAUGGGAGUAGGGCCCAUGCAGCCUGCCCCUGACGGGUACUACAAGACAUACGCCCCUCACUCUACAGCGGCCUUAUGA